AAAAAGAAGCAAUUUUCCUCUGUAAAGUUUCUGCAGAGAAAAGAACAAGAAACCGUUCGCUUUCUCCAACCUUUGUUCAUCGUGUGUUUUCUGUACAGCUCCAUCUUCAUCAAAACUCUCAUUGAAAUCAAGUUACACUAACACAAAUACCCUUCAGCUGCAGCAGCCAAACGACCCGAUGGAAUACUUCAAGUUCAAAAAGGGCAGAGACUCUCCCAGCGAUGCACGCACGGCGCUGCUAGUUAUUGCUGUACUAGUGGCCACCACCACCUUUCAAGCCGGACUCAGCCCUCCGAUGGGCAUUUGGCAGGACAGCCCUGGAUCAAACAUGAAUGGGACUGGCAGUGGGAGCAAUGAACCAGCGCACACAGCAGGGCAGUCCAUCAUGAGUUCUUACAAGAUAUUAGGAUUUUUCUUCUUUUACACUUCCAACUCGAUUAGACUUUCGUUUUCGCUUUACAUGAUCCAUGUCCUCACCACCAAUUUCCCUCUGCAGUUGGAGCUUAACAUUUGUAUGUUCACGAUGUUCUUGACGUACUGUUCUGCAAUUUCCGAAAUUGGACCGGAGAUCAUGUCCCACCCUGUGUUCGCUUUAACUAUGCCAGCGUUGGUAGCGUUGGUAAGGGUGUGGUAAGCGUAAUGCACCCGCUUAGAUGACCUGCAGUAAAUUGGACUCGAAGGCUCAUUUUAAAAUAGUUGUACAUUACACGUCUGUUUCCAGGAUCAUCGUUGGCGCAUUCAU